CCUAGAGAUCGAAACGGAGAGGAUCGUAGAGAAAAUACUUUGAAUCGAACUCGAUUUGAAAUUUAUCUUUAGCUUCAGCAUUGACGGACCAAGGACGACAUGAAGUCUUUCAUCCUGCUUUUAGGAAUAGCCCUACAUUCCUCAUCUGCCGUGAUUCACUCCUGGAAAGCCUUUUAACAGCUAGCACAGGGUUUAGCACUUCCUGAGUUUGUGGCUCUGAACCUGGUGGAUGACCAACUGAUGGGCUACUUCGACACCAAGACCAACCGCUUUGAGGGCAAACAGAGCUGGGUGGAGGAGAAACUGGGACAGCAGUAUAUGGAGAAAGAGGAAAACAUUCUUAGGAGCACCUCACAAUCUUUCAAAGUCAAUGUGGGAAUUGCCAUGGAGCGCUUCAACCAAACAAAAGGAGUCCACAUUUUACAGGUCAUGUACGGCUGUACGUGGGAUGAUGACAGUGGAGUCACUGAGGGGCAUAGGCAGCAUGGAUAUGAUGGGGAGGACUUCCUUGUGUACGACAUGAAGACGUUCACUUGGAUCGCUCCUAAACAGCAAGCUGAGAUCACUCAGCGCAAGUGGAACAAUAACCCUGCUGAAAUGGCACAAAGAAAGAGCUACAUCACGCAGGAGUGUGUUGAGUGGCUAAAGAAGUAUGUGGACUUUGGGAAGAACACUCUGAUGAGGACAGUCCGUCCCUCAGUGUCUCUGCUCCAGAAGACCCCCUCCUCUCCAGUGACCUGCCACGCGACAGGUUUCUACCCCAGUGGAGUCAUGGUGUUCUGGCAGAAAGACGGACAAGAACAGCAUGGAGAUGUGGAGCAUGGAGAGAUCCUCCAGAACGAUGACGGAACCUUCCAGAAAAGCACCCACCUGACAGUGAUGCCUGAGGAGUGGAAGAACAACAAGUAUCAGUGUGUGGUUCAACUCGCGGGUAUCGAGGAUGACAUCACCAAGGUUCUGAUUGAGUCUGAGAUCCAGACCAACUGGGAUGACCCAGCCCCCAACAUUGUCCUCAUCAUUGGAGUGGUGGUAGCUCUCCUCCUGGUCGUCGUUGCUGUUGUUGGGGUCGUCGUUUGGAAGAAGAAGAGCAAGAAAGGUGAGUGAGGAGAGAAAGACCCUUUUAU